CCUUCUUUCUGUACACACACAUGCACAUCUUCAUAAUACCAUUUUCCAUUUUUUAUAAAAAUAGUGCAUCAAAAUACAGAAUUGUGGGAUAAGUCCAAAGAUCGAGUUUAUUUUUUAUUUAAAUUUUUUUUCUUAUCGAAGAUUGAGUUUAUUUUUAAAUUUCAUUGCUCACGGCUGUACCAGCAGUCUUAUCUGGUGCAGAGGUGGAAUCGGCAAGACUAAUCGUCGACAGAUAUCACGCAAUAUCAGCUAAUGCAGCGGCCUUUGGCAGUGACCUACGCCACAGGUCACUGGCCAUUGAAUAUAGAUUAUGUACUCAAAGGUAUCAUCUCUAUAUACAGAGUGCUACUCCACAGUGAAACAUGAGCAUAUAAAAGAGGAAUUGGUUCAGCAAAUCGUUAAAACCGUUGCCUUAAGAGAAACUGAAUUAUUAUAAAAAUCAAACAUGUACGAUUGGACUACCAAGAAUGUAGUGUAUGUCGGCGGCUUCAGCGGAAUCGGCUUCCAGCUAGUGAAACUUCUUGUGCAACAGAAACAUCUCAAUAAGAUUAGCAUCAUGCACCGCAUAGAGAACGCUGAGAUAAUGAAAAAGUUGCAGUUUGAGAAUCCCAAUGUUAAGGUUAUGUUUGUGCCGGACAACAUAAUGGAGAAAGCAUCCAUUCAGUCUGCAAUUACGAAAAUGGGACAAUUGAUGGGUUAUGUCGAUGUACUUAUUAAUGGUCAGGACAUAUUGCUUGACAAGGAUGUAGAGACAAUAAUAGGCGUGAAUUUGACCGGCAUGAUUCAUUUUACUAUGACGGCAAUGCCAUAUAUGGACAAAACCGAAAUGGGCAAAGUCGGAAUAGUUGUAAAUUUGUCCUCCGUUUAUGGACUGGAGCCAGCACCAAUAUUUGCUGCUUAUGCAGCUGCCAAACACGGCGUCCUGGGCUUCACUCGCUCGAUGGCCGACAGUCACAUUUUCCAAAGAACCGGAGUAAUAUUUACUGCUAUGUACCCAGGACUAACCAACACUGAAAUAAUGAUGAAUUUGCGCGACAAUGUCACAUGGCACCAAUCUAACCAGCUUAUAGGCGCAAUCGAUAGAGCUAAAUGGCAAAUGCCAGAGGAAGCAGCAGUGCAAAUAAUCAAUGCUAUAGAAAAUAUGAAAAAUGGAAGCAUGUGGAUUAUUGACAAGGGGAACCUUAAAGAGGUAGUUCCCCAAGCUCAUUGGCAAAUAUAAAACCUCUUUUAUAGAAGUCUUAUACCAACCAAAGGAAUUUUUGAAAAUAAAUGACCAACUUUUAUAUACAUUUUGACUAGGACAUCGCAGCAAACACACGCACUCACUCACAAACACAUACACACAAGAGAGA